AUAAAUAGUGGCUGGAAUAAGGAAACCCAUCUAAAAUAGAGAAAGAUAAAGUUUUAAAAUAUUUGACCCUGAGGGAAUCUGCAAUGGGCGUGUGCGCGUCUUGUCACAAUGUGAAAACCACACACACUCGAAAAAGAGCCGCUCGUGGGAAGGACGGUGGUGGCUCCGGUAUACCACGUGCAGCGGAAUCUUUUCGAAGACCAUCGUCGAUCAUGGUGAUGGACAUUUCUAGCGGUGCGAUCAAAGAGUAUAAACAACCGAUUUCAGCAAGCGUCGUCGUUUCAGAGAACAACAACAACAACAAUUGCUGCUACAUCUCAAACGCAGAGUCAAUGUGCAUCGGCACGUGUAUGCCACGCGUUCCAGACGAGGAGGAGCUUCUACCUGGUCGAAUCUACUUCAUCGUUCCUCUUUCGCAUUCUAGUUAUCCAUUGACUCUUCCUCUUCUCUGUGAUCUCGCCGUUAAAGUUAGUUCUGCACUUGCCAACACACACAUACUGUGCGUUAACGCCGAGGAAAAGAGAAAUUAUGAAUUACUCCUGCAAUGCUGGCUCUGCACAAACAGAUACCUUAGAGACAAGAUGGAUUCAAAAUCUUAGUGCUGCCAGGAUUUUGAAAAUCACUUCAGCAUAAAGAUUAUAUUUGUAGAACUAUUUAUAUACGCUGUUGUUUACAAUACAGUGUAUUUUUAUAAUUAGUAUUAUUGAAUCGGAAGAAUAAAUUAUUAAUUAUCUGCAUUUAUUUAUCUCAUUUAUUACAUG